AUGGCAUUUAUGAAGUUUGAGGUAGCAAAUUUUGAUGGGCGAAGUAAUAACUUCAACAUCUGGAAGAUCAAGAUCAUGGCGUUGUUACGGAGAGAAGGAUCAGUCUAUGCUUUGAACGACUCGUAUCUCGUAAAUACGAAAGUGGCCGAGAAGCAAAAGAUUGAGAUGGAGGCGUUUAGUACAAUUCAAUUAUCCUUAUCAGACAGCGUGUUAUGUGAAGUCAAUACCAAGAAAACGGCUGCUAGUUUGUGGAAGAAACUUGAAGAUCUCUACCAGAAGAAAUCAGUAACAACUAGAAUGUUGUUAAGGCAGCGUUUACACACCUUCAAGAUAAAGAUAGGUACAACUUUACAGGAUUAUCUUGAUGCUUUUAAUAAAUUGGUUGUGGAUCUUACCCAUGCUGAUAUUAAAGUGGGAGAUGAAGAACUAGCGUGCACUCUACUGAUUUCAUUAUCACCAGCGUACAAAGACGUAGUUACUUCAAUGAUGUACAGUAAGAAGAUGGUCACGUUACAGAUAGUAAGACAUGCAUUGAAUUCGGAUGAAUUAAGAAACCAUAUCAACAAUGGUGAGAAAGAGGACCAUGGUGAGGGUUUGACGAUUAGAGGUCACUCGAGCCAAAGAGGGAGAGGCAAAUCAGUAGCGAGGUCAAAGUUUAGGAAAAGGGUGAGUAAGAAGGAUGUUGAAUGUUGGGGUUGUCAACAAAAGGGUCACAUUGGCCCGAAUAAGAAGACUGAUAAAACAAUAGCCAGUGCAUCUACGGUUCAGGUAGCUCAGACAUCUGGAGAAGAUUAUGUGCUAACUACUUCAACAGAUGACAUUCAGACACACAAGUCGAUUUUAGAUUCAGCUUGUACCUUUCAUAUGUACUUCAAAAAAGAUUGGUUUACUAGUAUUCUUGAUAAGCUCGGAUACAAGCAUGCGAGUGAAGGUGGAAUCUGCAAGGUGACCAAGGGUUCUCUGGUCAUGUUAAAGGCUAAACUGGAAGGUGGUCUAUAUGUAAUUAUGGGCAGCACCAUUCUAGGUACUGCGAAUGCUGCAACCUCACAGUUAUCAGAUGAUGACAAAGCUAAGAUGUGGCAUAUGAGAUUAGGUUUGGCUAAAAGUAAUGUCUUUGAGAAUUUCAAAAACUGGAAGACAUUAAUUGAAAAUCAGUGUGGCAGAAAGAUUAAGUGUCUUCGAACAGAUAAUGGCCUGGAGUUUUGCAAUGAAGAGUUUGACAAUUUCUACAAGAUUCAUGGUGUAUUGAGACAUAGAAAUUUUAGGCAUACACCACAACAGAAUGGAGUAGCUGAAACGAUAAACCGCACUCUUCUUGAGAAAGCACAAUGUAUGCUUUCUAAUGCCAAGGUGCCUAAGGAGUUCUGGGCGGAAGCAGUAAAUACUGCUUGUUAUGUUGUUAAUCGUUCUCCAGCGUCAGUGAUUGACUUCAAAACUCCAAAUGAGGUAUGGUCAGGUAAAUUGUCUGAUUAUUCGUACUUAAGAGUUUUUGGAUGUUUCGCAUAUUAUCAUGUAAGUGAUGGAAAACUAGAACCUAGAGCUCGAAAAAGUUUAUUUAUGGGAUAUGCUGAAGGGAUAAAAGGAUAUAGAAUAUGGAGUUUAGAUCCUAUUAAGUUUGUAAUCUGUAGAGAUGUUACUUUUGAUAAGGCCUCUAUGCUUGAUCCUGAAAAGGCUUCUAUUGAGUUUGCAGGAUAG